AUGAAGGCGUUGAAGGCGUUGCAGGAGCAUCGAGCGCGACGAGGCAGCGACGAGGAAGAGGAAGAAACAGAAGGAACGAUUUGGAAACCUGAAAACGGAAAAGGGCAGCAAAAAGUUUGGUCGUUGCGAGACAGCGGGGACGAUUUUGCCAUGUUUUCGUUCAAAAUCGUGCCGUGUUCGAAAACUUGCGCGCACGAUUGGACGGUGUGCCCGUACGCGCAUUGCGGGGAGAUAGCCAGAAGGCGAGAUUUGAAGAUGUUUUCGUACUCGGCGAUCCCGUGCGCGGAUUAUCAAAAAGUACCCACGAGCCGCGCGAAAGGGAAAGGGAGCCACGAGUAUUCUUGCCCGAGGGGGGCAAACUGUCCGUACGCGCACGGCAUUUUCGAGAGCUGGUUACAUCCGAGUCGGUAUCGCACGCAGUUGUGUAAAGAUGGAUUGGGGUGCACGAGAAAAGCUUGUUUUUUUGCGCACAAGGCGAAGGAGUUAAGAAGCGUCGCGAGCGAUAAUAUUAACGCCGAUAGUAAUAACAAUUAUAAUAGCAACAUGUCCACGGCGAACAAGUUCGCAACGAUGACGACGACGAUGACAACGGCGACGAUGCAACAACAACAACAACAACAACAACAACAACAACAACAACAACAGCAAAAUCGACCGGAAUCGCCCAUGGCCGUCGCGAUGUGGAAUCAACAACUCGCUCAACUUCAACAACAACAACAACAACGCAGUCCAGAACAACGAUUGCAACAGAGUCGAUCGGACUCGUGGGAAUUCGUACAUGCAAAUUCGAAAAACCCAUCAUCAUCACCACAACUCGACUUUCGUCGACGAAGCAUCGAUUCAGUCAACAUGGAACGAAGACAGUAUCAGCAAAACCACGAACAGUUUGUAUCACAGCAGCAGGUUUCGCAGAUGACGGUGAAUCAGGAACACGCUGCGCUUUACCUCGCGCAGCGUCGGCGAGAGUUGGAGCAGCAGCAGCUUCUGCUUUUGCAGCAGCUACAGCAGCAGCAGCUGCUGCAAUUGCCGGCGCUGAUGUCUGUCGCGGAAGCGCAGCAAAUUUCUUUCGCGAAGAAUGCUGCCAUGCUGCAACAGAUUCAGCAAAUGCAAAUGCAACACGUUCAAAUUCAGCAACAGCUCGCCUCGGCGCAACAACCACUAGAAUCACCGCAAAGAAACGAAGUCGAUACUCAAAAGAAAAAGAGUAGCUACGAUGACCUCGGGAUGAUUAUAGAAACGCCGGACGACGAAAGACAACAACAACAGUAUUAA